AUGUACCUCGCUGUGUGGGCUGGCCCUUUGGGCCAUGCCAAUAGCUCAGACACCUUCUCUGCGGAAGUCCGGGGACGCCGCAUUAAUAUAGCCUAG